AUGGCGGAACCAGUGACUACGACCCAAGAACCGAUUGAGCCUAUUGCCGCGCAUGAGCGGGCAGAUGAGGAGGAUGAGUUUGAGACGUAUCCGAUCCCUAAUGACGAUGCGGAGCAGAACCGCGAUGACAUGAAGCACGCCAUGAUGUUGGAGCUCACCAAUGGCAACUUGUUCUUCUCGCCCAUCGUGGGCAACCCCCAGAAGAUUAUUGAUCUCGCAACCGGAACUGGUAUCUGGGCCAUCGAUGUCGCCGAUAAGUUCCCCAGCGCAUCUGUGGUAGGAGUCGAUCUUAGUCCCAUUCAACCAUCAUGGGUUCCCCCCAAUCUCAAGUUUCUCGUCGACGACAUCGAAGACGAGUGGAUGCACGGCGGCGACUUUGACUUUGUGCAUAUGCGCUGCAUCAGCCCCUGGCUAAAAGACGAAGUCAAGGUUCUUCGUCGAGCACAUGACCACAUGAAGCCUGGUGCUUGGAUCGAAAUACAAGAACUCGAUGCUCGCGCCAACUGCGAUGACGGCUCCCUGGCUUCCGACGCCCCUCUCGCCAAGUUCUUCGACAUUGCUGAGCAAGCCGUAGCCAGCUUUGGUAUGAAGUUCCGUGCGGGCGAGAACUUGCGUGAGCCGCUUGAGAAAGCUGGCUUCACCAAUGUAUCCUGCAAAGUCCUCAAAGUCCCCAUCGGAACAUGGGCAAAGGAUAAGAAGCUUCGCCUUAUUGGAUUGUACCUCAAGACCGCUGUCAGCGACAUGUUUGGCGCCAUGGCGGCCAAGCCCCUUCGCAAGAUCUUGGGGCCUGAAGAGAUCGAGGUCUUCCUGGCUGAUGCGAGAAAGGAUCUGAAUAAUGUCAACAUCCAUUCUUACGAGAAGUACUACUUUUGGAUGGGACAGAAAGCCGAAGAGUAG